AUGUCGAAAUCUCUCAAUGUCUUCAAGCAGCCUCUCACCCUCCAUUCCACUUCUCCCAUGACUGGCUACCUCCGAAACGGCUACUGCGAAGUCCCCGGCUCCGACUACGGCAACCACGGCGUAGCAGCCGAAGUCACAGAAGAGUUCCUCGACUUCACAGCCUCACGCGGCAACGAUUUACGCUCAAUCAGCGGCAUGAAAGGCGGCUGUAAAUGGUGUUUGUGCGCAUCUCGAUGGCUCGAAGCCUUUGAAGCGCGAACCACGGCGAAAGCGGGCGAUAAAGUUGUUCCCAAGGUGUGGUUGAAUGCGACGAAUCAAAAGGUGCUGGAGAAGAUCAAGUUGGAGGAUUUGAAGGGGUUUGCGGUGGAUAAAUCAUAG